AUGUGUUAUGACAGUGCUACUGACACUUGCCCGAAUUCGAAUUUUACAAUGUUUAAUUUAACUGCUUAAUGCUUGACCUUAUCCAAAUUUUACACUCCUGCUUGCUAAUACCUAGAAUAUUUUGGGUCUUAUAACACUCGUGAAAGAAAUCAGAAGUACGAAUAUCAGAUUAUUAUGCCUCCUUAGACAGGAUGUGAAUUCAAAAUUAAUGGCACCAGGUCUUUUUUUAGUUCUCAUUUUGAUCCACCUAUUGGAGUAUAUUAUAUCAAAACUUCUACUUCUACUUUCGAUAAUACUACAAAAUUCUUUAAGGCUGCUACUUUAUAUGUUCAAGAUAAUGGUAGUGUCCUGGGUUAGAAAUCUAACUACAUAUAUGUUGGCUUCGUUAAUUACGAUCCUGUGAACAGCCACCCAAUAAAUGUCACUAUUCAUUAAAAUGCCUUAAUCACUAAAUUAAGCUUUGGAAUGUUAGUUCUUUUCGCAGCUCUAAAUUUGAUUAUAUGA